CAACCACAUCAACAACAGCACACAAUACACCUUCAUAUUAUAUUUUUUAUAUUUUUAAAACUCACACUUGUUUAGUACGUUGUUGUGUAGAGCGCAUUAAAGUUUUUUUAUAUAUAUUUUUUUUCUAAAUGGCCAUGGAUAAUACAAAGUGAUCGGAGCACAACUCUACUUGGUAAAGAGGCCCCAGUCUGCAUUUGUAUCUUGUGCUAGUUACAUGUGUUGUUUCAAUAGUCAGUGCAUAAAUAUAAUGUGCAACAUACACUCAUUAUUUAAUAAAACAACAAUUUAUUAUUUAUCAUAAUUAAUAAUUUUAUUUAUUUAUUAUUAUUAAUAUUUAAUUAAAAUUAUUUAUUAUUUUUUUUUUAAUUAAUUUGUGAUUAUUUACAAUUGUUUUUUUAUUGUUUUGGAUUAAGUGGAUUAGUGAAAAAUUAUUAUCAAAGAAAAGGUGUUGUGUGUUUUUAAAUUUAAAUUUAUAAAUUGUGGGUGAAAUAUAUUUAAAAUGCCUUGCUCCGCGGUGACGCUUUCGUUGGCAACUAUAACCGGCAUCAUUGCCACAGCUUUACUUACAAUUGCAUUUUUAUCGGAUAAUUGGCUAUAUACUGAUGUAAAACGUGCCCAAAUACAGCAAUAUGCAGCAAAAAAUCCAGAUCAAAGUCAUCUUAUUAAUUUGAUGAAUACCAAGUAUUAUUAUUACACAAGAACUCAGGGACCAUUUAGGAUAUGUUUUCCAAAAGAACGUCCACCACCAGGAGUUGUUUCAACUUAUUUGAGCCCAGUAGAAACAUACUGUACAAAUAUUGAUUAUUUUAUUCCCGAUGAAAAUAAUGAAACUAGAGGAUUUUCCGAGGAUGCAAUGGCAAGAAUAAAUAUGGGAAGAGCAAUGAUUGGACUGUUUAUUCUUGCAUUUGUUGCAAUAUUUUCUGCAUUCUGGACAGGUGUGGUUGGCUGUUGGCGACGAUCUCCUGGAAAUAUCACUGCAACAGCAAUCCUCAUGUUCUUUGCCUGUUUACUGAGUGCUGUUGGAAUGGGACUUUGGCAUGGUGUUGAAUACUACGAAAAAGAAAAAGUUAUUGGUGAAGAAUAUUACCAACUCUGGAGCAAUCCAUUGAAGAAUUACACAGGACAAUGGUACGAUUGGUCAUUUUAUUUAGCCUGGUUUGGUGUUGCAAUGUGUCUUGGUACAAUGACAUUAUUUUUAAUAGCUGCAUCAUAUCUUAGAAAAGAACGUGGUCGUGAACAAGCAGCAAAUAUACAAUACAUAAUGCCAGUUUAUCCACAAAAACAACAGUAUGCAUAUCCAGCAUAUCCAGCUCCAGCAGCUUAUCCAGGACCAUACUAUCAUGGCUCACAAUAUGGACCAUAUAAUUACUGAUAAAGACAACAUUUUAUUGAAAAAUUUAAAUUUAAAAUACAUGCAGAAUUGAAAAUUUCAAGUGGAUAUAAAA